GUCCAAAUUGACUAAUGAUGACUUCAGGAAGUUGCUUAUGACACCGCGGGCAGCGCCGUCCUCAGCCCCGCCCUCCAAGUCUCGACAACAUGAAAUGCCGAGGGACUACAAUGAGGAUGAGGAUCCCGCUGCGAGGAGGAGGAAGAAGAAGAGCUACUAUGCUAAGCUACGUCAACAGGAGAUGGAGCGAGAGCGAGAGCUGGCCGAGAAGUACAGAGAUCGAGCGAGAGAGAGACGAGAUGGAGUUAACAAAGAUUAUGAAGAGACGGAACUGAUCAGCACCACCGCUAACUACAGAGCUGUAGGACCCACUGCUGAGGCAGAUAAGUCAGCGGCAGAGAAACGUCGGCAGUUGAUCCAGGAGUCAAAGUUUUUGGGAGGUGACAUGGAACAUACUCACUUGGUAAAAGGUCUGGACUUCGCUCUGCUACAGAAGGUGAGAGCGGAGAUCACGAGUAAAGAGAAAGAAGAAGAAGACAUGAUGGAGAAAGUCCAGAAAGAGGCAAAGAAAGACGUGGAGCCAGAAGAGAAGAUCGAGUUCAAGACUCGUCUGGGUAGGAACAUCUACCGCGUGGUGUUCAGGACCGGUCUGAUUGAGAGAAACGAGCUCUUCCUGCCCGGUAGGAUGGCGUACGUGGUCGACCUAGACGAUGAGUUCACUGAUACAGACAUCCCGACAACUCUGAUCCGCAGCAAAGCAGACUGUCCCAGCAUGGAGGUACUGACCGAGGAAACAGCUGCUGGUCACCAUGACAGCAGACGAUGCUGAGCAUUUCACACCGUG